AUGAGCUCCCCAAGAGAUUCGAACCUAGCUCCAAAAACCGAGCCGGAAAUAAAGGAGGAAUCCGUUCAUCUCGAGCUACUCAAAUCCUACAAGCACCUCCUUCCGAACCAAAUCUACAAUUAUGCCAAACUUGUCGUUAAACGAGUAAUGACAACUGACCCAAAGCUUUCCCCAAAAGGCAUCGUGACCAGCGCAGUUUAUUUGGCGUACAAAUUUUCGCCAGAGCCAAAAACAACAACAGCCAUCGGAGAAAUGCUGAAAUGCCCAAAUUGGAUGAUUUACAAAACCGCACCGUUAGUACGGACACGAUUCAACAAGGAGACCAAAAACGAGCUAGAGAUUGCAAGAAAAUACAUCGAUCAACAAGCUCAUCUCGCUGAUUCGGAUUGGAUCACUCGGGCAAGACAAAUAGCCGACCAUGCCUGGCACCCCAACAUCAAAGCGAGCCCGAAAAGAAUUGCUGCAUCAUCCGCGUACUUAGCAUACAAAUUUUCGCCAACACCAAUGUCGGCGAGGAAAAUGGCUAGCUUUCGCUGCUUAGGUUGUAACCUGAAUUGCGAGGAGAUUCGAAAACCCUGGAAUUGCCCGAAUUGCAACAGUAAGUUCAUCGAUCUAAUAGGAAAAUGGAAAAAAGAAGACGUGGUAGACAAGACCGGUUACAACAAUGGAGAGAUUCUCUUCAAAAUCGUUGCAAACCACGAGAGGGCAAUCAGCCAAAUCAAACACUUGAUGGAACUUAGUAACUGUCGAACCUCUGCACAUGGUGAAACAAAUGAAAACGCCCAAACACCGGGGCCUACUCCAUCAACGGAACCACCGAAAGACCCAACAGGCAGAAAGACGUCCGGGCUUUUAGAAGAAAAGAACAGUUUCAAAAAGGCACCGACUUCUGUUAACCUUGAAGGACGGAAUCAAUUGAAAAUGAGACCACAGCCAAGGGUUAAGCCGAAAGGAACCAUCCCAAUAACAAUUAAGGAUUGGCUGGAAAAGAAACAUAAAGUUAAGUACGAAUCGUUGCUCGAUGCGGUAAAUAUACUUGAAAAGAAGGAAGAAUAUGACAACAUCAACUCACAUUUCCGCCUCGAACCGGACGGAUCGCUCAUUGAAAUAAAAAUCAUCUUCAGGAAAGUCGAAGGCGAAGAAUUGGAGGAAAGGCUCAUGCUGACAAAGAAAAUCAAGAUAAGCGCAGUAGAAAAGUACGAAAGUGAUUGCGGGCUCUGCCAGGAAGACCUGCCUGAAGACAUAUCGGUCAUGACAUGCUGUUACGCCUACUACCAUAAUGCGUGCCUGCGAAAAUGGCUAGCAAACAGACCUUACUGCAAGUACUGCAACACCCCCCUAUAA